GUGCGCGUCCUCUAGCGGUUGAUGUCGGAACCCAUUUGGCGACUGCUAAUGUGUCACUUGAGCAGUCGACAAGCGAGCUGUCAACUCUAGUUGGUCUUCCUGUGUUUAUAUUUACCUUCUCUUCUUUAUCGAGUUAUUUUAUUGGACAAAGGCUGUCAACAAGGAGUCGAAUGACAGAAGUUUAAAAUGGCAAUUUUGUCUUCAUGUAGUAUAAUAGAGCGUGACACGAAUGGAGAUGUUUUAUGGGCAUGGACUUUUCCUUACAUAUCGGAUCAACAACGUUCUCUCUCCCUUCGAAAGUGUUGCUUAAAUGAAGGAGAUGGGGGCAAUGCAACUGGACAUGGCACACAACGUUUUAUCUUCGGACAUUCUUUUAAACAGUGGUUUUAUAUAGGGUGCACUGAAGUCUUUGAUUCGGACAACCUGCCAUGGGUCAAACAGUUUGCAUUGGUUUUAUGGACCAAUGACUUCAAUCCUGAAAAAUAUGAAACAUUAAUUAGAAUUUUUAGUAAAACAUACUGCAAAACUGGUGAUCCAUCUAUUAUGUUACGUCUGUAUUUAUCUGUGGCAACUACAGGCUCAUGUACUACUGAAGAAAAUGGAACAUUUAUUGUCAGAGAGUUUGAUACCCCUAGAGGUUCCCAAAAUUGUCAUACCAUGGUGAAAGAAUUAAUAAACAUGUUUGGUUUAGAAAUUAUAUUAAUCUACACAGCAAUGUUACUUCGGAAAAGAGUUGUUGUUUAUCAUCAUAGCCUUCAAGCACUUCAAAGAUGGAUUCGUAGUUUCCCUGCUUUGAUGACUCAUCGUCCAGAAGCAAAUGAUUUAUAUCCCUGGGUUGAUUUGGUUCCUGAAGAAAUUACCACUCUGAAGGCGAGUCAGUGCUACAUUGCAGGAUUUCGGGAUAGCACAAUAGGGAGUCGUGCAGACUUGUAUGAUGUUCUUGUAAAUCUUCCUGCUCGUGAAAUUUCUGUGGCCCCUCAUGCCAAAGAGAGUAUGAUUAUGACAAAAACUCACAAGGAAAUUGCAGUCCAGUUAGUACAGUUAGCUGCAAGAGAUGAUGUUGUAGAAUCUCAAAUUGUAAAGGAAGUUGCUGAUCGGACCUCUGACUUGCUCAAUAAUUUAAGAUCGCUCUCAAAUGUCACUGAUUCUGAGGGCCGGGCUAUGGUGUCGGUAGAAGAGCUGCGUAAAAGAGGUUUUGCAGCUCCUCUUGAAAAUUUCCUCUUUAAUUUGGCAGUUGCUGAAAACAUGAUAAUUUUGUAAAUUAGAGGAGGCGCAUUUAUAAGUGUAUGUGUAUUCUAAAACAAUUAAAUAUUUUUGGGAUGAAAUUUA